UUUUUAGACGAAGGAGAUAAACAUACGGGAAAGCGUAGAUUAUCAUCGAGAAAAUUGAAAGAAGAGCUAGAGAAAAACUACAUAAAAACUGGCGGACUUUUCCGUACAUUUGGCAAAGAAGGGCUGGAAGAAGUUGCUGAAGGUGCAGCAUUGACCGUUUGUAAAUCUGAACCUGUCGUGCCUUCAAUCAAGAGAAUCAGAAAAGUCGUAAAGGAAAUAUUAAGACAACCAAUAAAUGAACCUUUUAACAUAGACUACGUGUUUCAUGCUCAAAUGAUGCAUGCCAUGUUAGACAAACUAAUUCCUUCCAGUGACAUUGUGUUGUCUAUAUUUUGCGAGGGAUGGCCACCUUGUGCAAAAGAGUGGAUCACACGACAACGCCUUUGGCCAGAUAUACAUUCCAUGGAGAAAAUCAUUCAUGCUGGGUUCCACAUUGUUCCAAAGAACUCACAUGAUGGAGAUUUUCCAUUGUCUUUCUCCUGUGCUGAAACAAUUUUGGUUAAAACUCUCGAACCGCUACAGCACAAGGUAAUGCGAGCCUUCAAAGACACCUUCAAAGCAGUAUUUAAAUAUCAUCAAAGGAUCUGGGAUCUGUCUAUCGAGGGGAUUAUAUCAAGUUAUCACUUGAAGACCAUCGCGUUUUGGUAUUUUGAGAAAACCUCACAGGAAUCAUGGACGGAAGAAACUUUAGUACAUCAUCUUGUUACCGUACUUGAACAGUUAGCAGACGCUUUGAGAAUACAAAAUCUUCCAAUGUAUUUCAUGCCUAAAGCAAACUUUUCCAAGAUGUCGAUGAUCCAGAAGUCACGUUGGACUUAA